AUGGUCGGUGUUGGCUGCGCGAAUAGCGCAUCGGUCGCGAGGUCGUUCGUCCAAAUAGCGAAGCGUGGUUACUCAACCGCGGCCGAAAGACCAUCUGCUCCUCUAGAGUUUCUGCUCCCACGAACUGUGCAAAAGGUCGACUGCCGCGCAGCGUUUCUGUUGCAAUCGACAAGUCGCGGUCCCAACAGCAGUCGUUCCUUACAGCAUACCCCAUUUGCGAGUGUUGUACGUCAACCGCAGAGAAGAGGUUUCUCAGCGUCCGCCACCCGCCAGGCUACGGUGUGUGUUCUCAAUCCUCAGGCGGACGAAGAUGGUAAGGAAAUGAUGUUGGAGAUUACUCCCAGGGCGGCCAAGCGCCUGUCAGAAAUUAUGAAGAAAGACGACAACCCAAAUCUGGCACUCCGAAUCCAAGUAGAAAGCGGCGGCUGUCACGGCUUCCAAUAUCUCAUGAGCCUUGUCACUAUACCGCCCAAAGACACGUCUGAGUGGUCGACUGUUGUAAACGACGAUGAUACCAUCUUCCAAUACUCCUCCGACGAAGCACCGACGGCACAAUUAUCCGAAGGUGGCGCUAGGGUAAUACUGGAUGAGCCGUCUCUGGACUUGCUAAAAGGUAGCAAGGUGGACUUCACAAUGGAACUAAUCGGGUCACAAUUCAAGAUUGUUGACAAUCCAUACGCCACCAGUAGCUGCGGUUGUGGUACAAGUUUUGAUAUCAAGAUGUGA